AUGGCUGCACGACGUCUGUCGUCAAUCGUGGGUGGCAGGAAGAAUGAAGCAUUUGACUCUACGGUUGCCAAUGAGGUCCAAUUGGCUCAACUUGGGUAUGAGCAAGAGCUCCAACGCUCAUUCUCCCUCCUGGGGAUGGUAGGGUUCAGCUUCUCAAUCGUCACGUGUUGGACAGCCUUGGGAGGUACUCUGAUUGUCGGGAUCGAGGCAGGAGGUCCUCCUGUCAUGGUCUGGUCCUGGGUGGGAAUCUGCAUACUGUCGCUCGCCGUUGCAUAUUCUUUCGCCGAAAUGUGCUCCGCGUACCCAACUGCGGGCGGUCAGUACAGCUGGGUCGCCAUCCUCGCUCCGCCAAAAUACGCACGGGGUGCCGCCUUCGUGACUGGAUGGUUCAUGUGCACGGGCAUCGUGGCCAUGGGCGCUGUAAACAACUUUAUCACCGCGAACUUCCUCCUCGGCAUGGCCAACUUGAACAACUCAUCCUACACCAUCGAGCGUUGGCAUGUCGUUCUCGUGACGUACCUGAUUGCCCUGCUGGCCGCUGCCGUCAACAUCUUGUGGUCGCGCUUCCUCAACCAAAUCUCGACCUUUGCCGUCGUCUGGAAUAUUCUGAGCUUCUUCGUCGUUGUGAUCACCAUCCUCGCCGCCAAUCAUCACAAACAGUCGGCGAGCUUUGUGUUUUCGGACUUCCAGAAUGAAACAGGGUUCAGUUCGGGCGGCAUGGCGGUCAUGAUUGGUCUUUUGCAGACAUUAUUUGGAAUGUGCUGCUACGAUGCUCCUAGCCACAUGACUGAAGAGAUGCUGAACCCUGCGAAAGAAGCCCCUCAAGCCAUCAUUCUCUCCGUCUAUCUCGGGGCUGUAACAGGCUUCGUCUUUCUGAUCUCGGCGUUCUUCUGCAUCGGCGACCUGGAAGCCACCGCUACGACACCGACUGGCGUUCCGCUCAUACAGAUUUUUCUCGAUAGCACUUCCUCCGUUGGCGGUGCGACCACUCUGGCGGCGAUGAUCACCGUGAUCGUUGUGAUCUGCGCGAAUUCGCUGAUGGCGGAGGGAAGUCGAGCACUCUGGGCGUUCUCGCGGGACCACGGCCUGCCUUUCAGCAAAAUCUUCGCCAAGGUGGACAAGAAAUCCCAGGUGCCCACCUACAGCAUCUUGUUGUGCAUGGUCUUGCAAAUGGGCCUGAACAGCAUCUACUACGCCUCCUUUGAAGGCUUCAGCACGGUCAUCUCCAUCGCCACGUUCGGCUUCUACCUGUCCUACGCGGCGCCCCUUUUCGUUCGCCUUUGGUCCCUCGCCACUCACUCCAAUCCCUCGGCAGUUACGAUCAAUGGACAGUACAGCUUGGGGAAGUACAGUCCCUACAUCAACGCCAUCGGCCUCGUCUUCCUGAUCUUUGCAGGGAUCGAUUUCAACUUCCCCCAGGUCGGACCCGUUACCGGCGAGAACAUGAAUUAUUGCUCGGCUGCGUUCGGCGUCAUCGGAUUGGUGUCAGUCGUGACGUGGGUCUUUGACGGGCGGAAGAAUUUCACGGGCCCGCAAACACCGGGCAUUGUCAAUGCAAUUGACGCAGGCGCAGGAGACAAGGAUCUCCGGGUUGGAGGGGUGGCUGAUGCCGGUGCGGCAGAGAAAACAGCCUCUCGGGCACCGUGCGAGGGAAGCGUUGACGAUUCCCGCGAUGAGAAAGCGGGCGACACCGAGGGCAAGAUGGCUUGA